AUGCCGGCUCCUGUCCAGACAAAAACGCUUCGGUUUGAGGACAUCGAGUUAGCCAUCCAAGGCUGCAAAGACUCGGAGAAACCCGACGACGAGACAAAAGAUGACUGUGAAUGCAAAAAGGUUUUUGCCAGAUACACAAAGGACGGUACUACGUACUACAAGCCGGUGUUUAUAUGA